AUGUCCAAGUCUCACAUAGACAAAGACAAAGCGAAGAAGUUAGAGUCGCAACAGCCACCGAGAAAGCUAUGCGCGCGGCACGUGACAUCUACCGCCCAAGCCGCAAUCGCGCUGUCGUUGAACGACGCCGAGUACGACCUUUAUACCUCAUGCCUGCACGACCUUAUCGACUGCGACGACGAUGGCAAGACUCCGCACGACGACUCUUACUAUGAACGAAUUUCUGUGGGCGUCAGAGAGGCCAGGGCGUGGCUGCGAGGCAGAUACCCAGAAUUAUCGGCGGGAGACUUGGACUCGAUCCUCAGGCUGUUUCACCCGAAUCUGAACCCUGGCGAUACGUUGGCCGGGGGUCAAUUCUUCGCGGUUCUGCGCCUCGUCACACAUGUCCGUUCAGGCAAGAGUGUAGAAAGAAGCCUUGUCUUUGUGCAAGCGUAUCCGCAGUCCCAAGCCUCGCGUUCCCAUUCGCCCCUACAGCGUCAUCGAUCCUCGCCCUACCCGUCACAGUCCCCUUCUCCCCUGCGCUGUGCCUCCGAUGCAUCUCCGCCCCCCGAGCCGCCCCUCCCAUCUCCGGAGUACAUCCGGCGCAAGUCGUCCGAAUCCCAAGCACGCCCUCCCCCCCAGCAUCCCGACACGCGGCCGCCCCCUCCCCCGGCGAACCGCGAACCGCCCCCCGUGCCCCUCAAACCGAGCAACCCAUUUUUGUCCCGCAGGCUCAAAAAAUCGAGCGGCGGCGGCGCCGAGGACCCUGCCCCGCAAAAGGUCCCACCCCUGCCCCCCAGGAAGCCCCCGCCGCUGCUUCCCCCGCGCCACUCCAGCCUGGUGGUAUCUCCGACCGGAUCUGCGUCUGCGUCCACCUCGACUACGUCUACAGCCCAUGGCGCGGGCGCGUCCUCUGCGAACAGGGUCCCGCACGCGGUGACGCCGCUUAUGCGCCAGUCGCUCGAGGCGAGCAAGGUCGGGCAGACCGUGCGCGCGAUGGAGGACCGGCUGGGCAAGGAACGCAUCCUCGAAGUCGUCAAGAGCAGCUCUGGCUCCGGCUCCGGGGGCAGCACCCGCUCGCGCAGCUUCAGCCCCGGCACGCGGCUCGAUCCCCGUCACAAUGACACCGCGUCCCCGGGAACCUCCUCCGCCUCCUCGAGCUCCGGCACGGACACGAAGAGUGCCCCCGCGCUUCCCACACGCCACCGGCGCGCGAGCCCCCCUUCAUCCGCUGGCUCCAUGAGGUCAUUCGAGCAGGUCGCGCACGCGUCCGUGAACCCGUUCGGCCCAGCCACCGUCGCCGCGCGUGCCUAUUCAAAAUCGCAGCCCCAGCACCGGUCCCCCUCUGCCUCCCCCUCGCGCCCCCGGUCACCCGAGCCCCCGGUGUCCAAUCUCGCCGCGCCUUCCAAGCCCAAAUCGCCCCCUCCCACGCACCCCGAUCGCAAGCCCCCGCUCGCGAGCGUCUUCGAUCCUUCGUCGCCGCCGGAUUCGCCGACCGCGGGCAGCACCGCGCGCGUGGGCCGCUCCAAGUCGAUGCACCACCCCGCGCCGCCGCCCGUGCCCCCGCCGCGCCGCAGACGCCCCGAGAGCGUGCAGCUCCCCGGCUCCGUCGAUCUCACCGAGCCAAUCUCCAGCUCCAAGCCCGAUUCAUAUUCAUACUCUGCUUCUUCUUACACAGCAUCUGGCGCCCCGGCGUUCCACACGCUCUCCAGGCAUCUUUCCCUGUCUUCCUCCCGCGAUCGCAGCGCCAACGCGGGCGCGGCAGACCCGAUCGCGAAUCUCCAGCGCACGCUGUCGAACCUGCACACCCGCGCGCAGCCCAAGCUCGACGCCGCACGGUACAAGGCGGAGGCGGGGCUCAGCAAGCGCGGCUUCGUCAGCCACGCGCACUUCAACCCGGCGCACUGGCGCGAGGAGGGCGAGGAGGCGCUCAUGGCGGAUUCCGGCUCCGGCGAGGGCUUCGAUCCCGACGUCGACCAGGCGCUCGACUCCGCGUCGGACAGCGUCGAGGACGACAGAGAUAGAGACCGCGCGCGGGUGCGGCAUGCCUAUGCGGAGAGGGAUAACCUCAAGUGGCCCGCUGGCGAUGGCUGGGCGCCGCUAUGA